GACGAGACCAAGCACGCCCUGCACGUUGGCGUGGUGGCGGGCCUCUACGGCGCAGAGAGGAUCCAGGCCAUCGACAGGCGCAUCACGAAUCGCAACUUUCUGCUGUGCGGCGGCUCGGGCGUCGAGAGCUUCGAGGACGCGCAGAAGUUUUGCUCCCAGGGCCGCCCCGGCCACUCGGAGGGCGUGCCGCCCCAUGGCGGCGCCGCGGGGUCGCCGGCGCCCGGCGCGGAGGGCCAGCGGCCCAGCGGCGCAGAGAAAAGGGGGAGCCUCCCUGGAUUCGGAGGCAGCGUCAGGGGCCUG